GGAGCCGAGUCGCCACCGCCUCCUCUUCCCGGUCCUUUUCCGGUGUGUGAGGCCUCGGCAUUACCCGAGCUCGGGGAUCCAGUGCGGCCUGGCGAUAAUGCCUGUCGCAAUGACCGGAGAGGCGAAGAUGAAGCUAUCCAGGAACCUGCUGCGCAUGAAGUUCAUGCAAAAGGGUUUGGAUGCACAAACUAAAAAAGAACUAGAAGAAGAAGAAAAGAAGGUCAUUAAUGACGAGCACUGGUAUCUUGAUGUGCCAGUUAAAAAGGCGAAAGAGAGCUUUAUCGUAGAAGAGCGAAGCUUUGUAGUAUGCGAGGAACUACUUUAUGGCAGGAUGUCCUUCAACGGAUUCAAUCCAGAAAUUGAGAAGUUAAUGAUCCAAAUGAAUUCUAAGAAUAAGAAAGAAGAAAUUGAAGUGGAUGAUAAAAUGGAGGCUGAUGUGUCAGAUACAGAAAUGGCCAGAAGAUACGAAACUUUAGUGGGGACAGUAGGGAAGAAAUUCAUGAGAAGAAGAGACCAGCGUGUAUUAAUGGAUGAAGAAAAUUGUGAGAAUAUUGAGAUAAGGCCUAGCAAAAAAGCUAAGAAAAAGUUCUUAAAACCUCGCGACUGAUACCAGCUGCACAACUGGAGCCAAUAGAAACAUUUUCUACCAAAUACAGUACCACAAACUGAGAUUGUUUGAAUUACUUGCUGUUUAGUGUAAAGGAUAGAUUUGUGAAUCGGA